AUGGCUGUCAAAAUCGGAUUGGCGAACCUUGCGCUGCUCGCUACAGCACUAACGCGUGUUCAGGCGGAUUCUGGCAGCGCAAUAUGCUACGACUUCGUUGUCGUUGGUGGCGGCACAGCAGGCAACGCGAUUGCAACACGCCUUAGCCAGUACCUUCCGAAUUACAGCAUCUUAGUCAUCGAAGCAGGACCAAAUGCACCAUACGAAGACAAGAUAAACAUUCCUGGCAUGAAAGGCUCGACUUUAGGCACCAAAUAUGACUGGAACUUCACGUCCAUCCCGCAAGCCGCGUUGUACAAUCGGACUAUUACACAGUCUCGAGGCAAGGUGCUUGGCGGAACCUCUGCACUGAAUCUCCUCAUCUGGGAUCGUGGGUCGAAGCCGGAGUAUGAUGCUUGGGGUGAGGUGGGCAAUCCAGGUUGGAGCUGGAACAGCAUGAUCACGGCGAUGAACAAGGCUGAGAACUUCACGAACCCUGGACCUCCUGUCUACACCACCACCUCUGGUUACGGGACUUCUGGGCCCAUAAACGCUGUCGUCAACAAGUAUAUCCCAGUCCAGCAGGAUGCAUGGAUACCUACACUGGAGAAUCUUGGUGUGCCAGAUAACUCUGAAUGGCUUGGUGGCGAGAACGUGGGCGCAGCUUACCACUCCAGCACGAUCGAUCCGACGCACUACAAUCGCUCGUAUAGUGCUGUCGAAUACUUGCCGCGUGCUGGCAAGAAUCUGCAGGUAACAACAGACACAGAAGUCGCCAAGAUCGAUCUAGUAAAGAGACAUGGUGUCUUCGUGGCUACUGGCGUCACUCUCGUCGACGGCACUUUUAUUGAGGCGAGGAAAGAAGUCAUCCUUUCCGCUGGCACGAUCAAGACUCCACCUUUGCUUGAGAUGUCAGGGAUCGGCAGUGCGAAGGUCUUACAAGGAGCACAGAUCAAGCAGCUCAUCGAUCUGCCCGGCGUUGGCGAGAACCUUCAAGACCAUCCUCGGAUACAGGUCUCCUAUCAAUUAAGGGACAACUACACUUCCUUCGACCGGCUCAAAGUCGACACGGCAUACGCUGCUGCACAACUAGCCCUCUGGCGUGCAUGCCAGCUUUCAGCCUACGACUACGCUGCAAGUGCAUACUCCUACCAAGGAUGGCCGUCUAUUCUCGGCGAUGCUGGCAACGCCAAGAUCGUGGACGCUGCGAAGGCUUUCGUGGCCUCGAACCCAAGUGUCGUGGAUGCAAAGAAGCUAGAAUUCUUAACCAACACCACGUAUCAGAACACUAUCGCACAAACAGAAUUCGUCCUCUCUGAUGGCUACACCGGCGGCAAGGGUUACCCGGCCAAGAAUACCUCCUUAUACGGCAAAGGCUUCACUACCGUAAUAGCGGGCCUGAUGCAUCCUUUGGCUCGAGGUAGCGUGCACAUCAAUGCUUCGAAUCCGACAGGGAAGCCCAUCUACGACCCAGCCUUCGCCUCGAACCCAUAUGAUCUCCAAGGCCUGAUAGCGAUGGCAAAGUACAUGCGCCAGAUCUUCACCACCGCUCCAUUCAGUCAGGCGUUCGUGUCCGAGUACGAGCCUGGCCUCGAUGUCAUCCCAAAUAACGCCUCUUCCUCAGAUGCUAAGUGGGAGGUAUAUGUGAGGAACAACACGAAUACCUUCUACCACCCCGUGGGCACCUGUGCCAUGCUGCCGAGGAAAGACGGAGGUGUAGUUGAUCCAACAUUAAAGGUCUACGGAACGAGCAAUUUGAGAGUUGUGGAUGCUAGUGUGAUCCCGAUAUUGGUUAGUGCUCAUCCACAGACAGGUAUCUAUGGUAUCGCGGAGAGGGCAGCGGAGAUUAUUGCACAGCGAUGGCAUUAG